CGCACCGUGGGGCCGAGGUAGGCCUGGUGGCCCGCGUUGAGGGGAGGCCGGCGUGGGUACUGUGCGGCCGCACCGAGGGGCUGGCGGGAGCAUGUCGGAGGACAGCGAUCGGUGCGACCCCGACAGCGUCGCGGCUCCUGUGCUGGAGGCUACAGAUGGGGCUGAAGUGGAGGGCCAGGAAGAUGGAGGAGGGGGUAGCCCCGCGGCCUGCCACGACAUGUACAGAUACAUUAAGGGAGACUUGUUCACCUCCGAGAUCUAUAAAUUAGAAAUACAGAACCUUCCCAAAUAUAUCGGGUUUAAUGACGUGAAAAAGUUCCUUGCCAAAUACGGGCUCAAUCCUCACAAGAUAAAACUUUUCGGGAAACAGACAUUUGCAUUCGUAACGUUCAAGAGUGAGGAGGAGAGGGACCAGGCAAUGAAAGUCCUGCAUGGGGUGUUGUGGAAGAGCCGGCACCUCAGCGUCAGACUUGCCAAGCCCAAAGCUGACCCGAUCGCCAAGAAAAGGAAGAAGGAAGAGGAGAUGGAGCAGGGAGAGGUGAAGCGUCUGGCUCCCUCCAAAGCCGGUGCAGAGGAGCCCCUGAGCAAACAAAUAGCAGAUGUUGUGACCCCGUUGUGGAACGUGCCCUACGAAGAGCAGCUGGCCAGAAAGAAGCAGGAAUGCGAACAAGUGCUGCAGAAGCUAACAAAGGAAAUAGGAAAUAACAACAGAGCUUUAUUACCUUGGUUGUUCCUCCAGAAGCAGAAGUAUAAUAAACUGUGUUGUCCAGUAGAGGGAGUGAAAGCAUCACCAUUACAGACUGAAUAUCGCAACAAAUGUGAGUUCUUGAUUGGGAUUGGUGUAAAUCAAGAAGACAAAACUGUGGGUUGUCGUCUUGGCAAAUAUAAGGGUGGUACAUGUGCUGUAGUGGAGCCAUUUGAUACUAUUCACAUUCCUGCUAUUGCCAAAAAAGUAGUAAAAGUUUUCCAAGACUACAUAAGGUCAACUCCUUACUCAGUUUACAGCCCGGAAACCUAUGAAGGUCACUGGAAACAGCUCACUGUCCGUACCAGCAGGAAUGGCCACAUCAUGGCAAUUGUUUAUUUUAAUCCUCAGAAAUUAAGUAAGGAAGAGCUGGCUGACCUGAAAAACUCGCUGGCAAAGUACUUCACGGAAGGGAUGGGAAAGACCAGUGGUGUUACUUCUCUCUACUUUGUGGAAGAAGGACAAAGGAAGUCUCCCAGUCUUGAAGACUUGCCUUUGGAGCAUGUGGCUGGUGACAAGUACAUAUAUGAAGAACUUCUUGGCCUAAAAUUUAGAAUUUCUCCUCAUGCAUUUUUUCAGGUAAACACGCAAGCUGCAGAAGUGUUGUACACUGCCAUUAGAGAAUGGGCACAACUGAGCCAAGAGAGCACGGUGCUUGACAUUUGCUGCGGUACAGGAACCAUUGGGAUUUCUUUGGCAAAGCAAGUAAAGAAAGUGAUUGGAAUUGAACUCUGCCAAGAAGCUGUACAGGACGCCAAAGUGAACGCCCAAAUCAAUGAACUGACUAAUAUUGAAUUUCAUUGUGGGAAGGCUGAAGAUAUUGUUCCUUCCCUGAUUAACAUAUUAGCUCCUCAGAACCCCAUUACCAUUGUGGAUCCGCCACGAGCAGGGCUGCAUUCCAAGGUAAUUCUUGCCAUUAGAAGAGCUGAACACCUGAAAAAGCUUAUCUACGUAUCCUGCAAUCCCAGAGCUGCAAUGAAUAACUUUGUGGACCUUUGCCGGGCCCCUUCCAACAGGGUCAGAGGAGCCUCCUUCCGCCCCAUUAAAGCACUGGCUGUGGAUCUCUUCCCUCAGACCAAGCACUGUGAGCUACUGAUACUCUUCGAAAGGGCUGACUAUGCAAAUGGGAGCUCUGCUGAAGCAGCACCUGCUGCUGCUCAAGCCACAUUGUCAGGACAUGGCACCAACCCAUCAAACGCUGAUUCAAGCCAAGCAACUUGUGUACGUUUACAUCCUGCUCUCGAUGAGAAGGAAUCCGCUUAACUCCUGAGAGAGACUUGACAGAAACUACUUUUGCUUGUUAACAACUUCAAUACCAUUGUUUCUGUAACAUCCAGGUAAUAAAUCUGCACAACAGAGUAA